AUGGGCGCGAAGCAGAGCAGCCCCACCGCCGCCAAUGGCCGCACCCGGGCGUACUCGGGCGGGGAUCUGCCUUCCUCGAGCAGCAGCAGCAGCGGCGGCGCUAACGGGACCGGCGGGCGCUCGGCAGGCGGCGGCGGGCGCUACUCGCACCUGGCGGCGGCGCCUCACGCCGCUCCCGGCGGCGCGGCGGCCGCGGCGGCCGGAGGAGCGGCGGCGGCGGGGAGUGCCGCGGGGUCGGCACCCCGGAGCAGGUCCUUAGGGGGGGCCACGGCCUCCGGGGCCCGGGCGGCGCAGUCCGCCUUCAACAUCCCCCACAGCAGCGGCCCCUACGGCUCGCAGGACUCGGUCAGCAGCACCCCGGAGGAGGGCGGCCGGGAGCGGCCCGCGGGGGGCGGCGGCGGCGGCGGCUCCUCCGGCGGGCCCCGGCUGGUGAUCGGCUCGCUGCCCGCGCACCUCUCGCCGCACCUGUUCGGAGGAUUCAAGUGCCCUGUAUGUUCAAAAUUUGUAUCUUCUGACGAAAUGGAUUUACAUCUUGUGAUGUGUUUGACAAAACCAAGGAUUACCUACAAUGAGGAUGUGCUGAGUAAAGACGCUGGGGAGUGUGCAAUAUGCCUGGAAGAGCUGCAGCAAGGAGAUACUAUAGCACGGCUGCCUUGCCUCUGCAUAUAUCAUAAAGGCUGCAUAGAUGAAUGGUUUGAAGUAAAUAGAUCUUGCCCUGAGCAUCCAUCAGAUUAAGACAAGACUCAUAUUUUUAGCUGCUUCCACUGAUCAGAAAACAUAGGAGAUGUGAGGUUCUCUUGCUGAACACAGCGUGCCUGGCUUGAGACUUAGUUCUUUGUGGCUGAAAAAGGCAAAGAUGGACAGUGACACGGAGAAAGCAUUGCAGACACCGUUACUUGACAGUAGUGCUCAGUAUACCAAACACUCAUGCAAAGGACACACAGGGAUUUUGAAAAUGCUGCACAUCCUGUAACAAUCGACUCCCCAGAGACAUUACUGACACUGUUUUGUAUCGAAGGCCAAAGUUCCAAAUUUCAGCCCAACUUCUGGUUCUGUGAAGAAGCGAGUUAUUGGACAUGUUUCCUACUGCCUCCAGUGGGAGUGGAGACGUUUGAUAUGUGCUCUCUGAGACCCUCGCAGGGGAACGGCCCCAGAUCAAAGUGGGAACGUUUUCACCUUCUCGUUGGCUGAAGAACAGUACAUGGCAAACUAAAUAAAAUCUAACAGUGUGACCUUAAUUUACUGAAUUCACACCCUGUUUUACGUUCUUCACUUUUUUCAAGAACAGAAAACAUAACCCGCUCUGUGUAGGAAUACUGUAUUUCAAAGUUUUGUAACUAAACCUUUGUCACAAUGCAGUCCAAAGAGUAAAACCAAGACAGGUAACUAAUUUAUAUUGAUCAAGCUAUAGAGAUUGUUGAAAUCUGCACAUUGUAUUGCUAUUUAAGUAACUAAAACGUCUCUUUUAUUGCUCAUGAGUCAAAAUGACAGAAAGAAAUGCAGCAAAGCAAAAUCUUACAGCUAUGCAACUUUUUUUAAAAUAGGAAAAAGAAAUGAAUUACCAAUUUUAAGUGCUGCCAGUUAAGGUAAUUUGUUUAACGGGUAUUUUUUUAAAGAUGUUUCAGGUAAUUAUUUUAUUGUACUACUCUCAUCUCCAGGCUGCCUCCUGAGGUGUAAAUGAAUAACUGCAAGUGUGGGCAUGGGGAGAGGUUUUUAUAGGCAUGGGCGAGAUUACAUCGAGGUGGGAUUUGUGUUUAUUUUUCGAACAUGCGCAAGUUCAUGUUUCCUUGUUUGAAUGUGUUUUUUGGUCGCAGGAUCUGUAGUACAUUGCAUCUAAACCCUUGGUGUCUUCGUGUGGAGACCACCAUUUGACAGUGUGGAUUUUCGUUUAGUUUGGGUUUUUUUCUAUCUUUCUUUUUUUUUUUUUUUUAAUUCAUCUGCAUUUGUUUAAUUUAUUAUUAUUUUACUGUAUUGUAUUGGUAUACCAGAGCUCCACAAAACACAGGUUGUCUCUGGGUGGAUACACCAAGUAAAACUGUGGAUAUGUAUUAGUUCCCACAAAGUAUCACAGUUAAAAUGGAUUUUUUUUUUUUAAAGACAAUGAACUGGAACAGAUAUCAGGGUUUAGAAGCAUACUUUUUAUAUCGAGAAUUAAUUGUAGUAGUUUCUGAAUUUCACAACACAGGGAAGAGUUUAUGAAUAUUUAUUAGCAACAGUAUUCUUAGUGAGUUUCAAUGGCUACAAUAAGUUGCACAACACUUCAGACUUUUUCUUGUACAUAAAUAAUUCUGGUUGGAUUCUGGUUUUUUUUGUUUUGUUUGUUUGUUUUGUUUAAGUACACAUUUCUCUCUGUUGCUGCUGUGAUUUAUAUCAAAAAGGGCAAAGAACAGGAGCAACUACCGCUAUCUGGAGAAGAAGUGCAGUUCAUGUUCUUAAACUCUCCCAUCUUGCUUGAAUAGCAGUUCUUCCCUGGAUAACAUUUUCUCCUGAAUGUUGCUCUGUAAAAUGCCUUUGUUACGCUGCAAAUCUAAAGGAGUCCAAACUAGAUAAUUGUCAUAAUUGCCAGUGCAGUUUCUAUACUUUUGGGCUUGCAUCACUGGUUUCAGCUGAACCUGUAAGCUAUGAGGCCCUGUUGAGUUCUCUUUUUCAGUGGGAGCAGAAUCAUUUUGUCACACAUUCGAUUCUGUAGUCACAUCAAAUGUACAGUCAUUCCCUGUACAGAGUCCUUUUUUGACGAGAAUAUUUGUGUUGCCUUGUAUUAUC